AUGUGCCCCUGCGCGCUGCCCGGCCGCCCCCCGGCCGCCUGCGCCUGCAGCCCGGGCAGGGCGCGCGUCUCGGGGGCGCAGCGCACCGCGGCGCGCCUUAAGGCGAUCGGCGAUGAGCUGCAAGCCCGGACGGCGGCGGCGGCGGCGGCGGCCGCGGCGGGGAGGGCUGCGCGGCCGCGGAGCCGCCGGGCGUCCGCCGCUGGCACCGGCCUGGCCACCUCCUUGGCGCUGCUGGCCGCCUUGGCCUGGCUGAGCCGCAGGGGGCGCCUCUAA